AUGGCAGGACCAGGGGGUUGGAGGGACAAGGAGGUGACAGAUCUGGGCCAUUUACCGGAUCCAACUGGAAUAUUCUCAUUAGAUAAAACCAUUGGUCUUGGUACUUAUGGAAGAAUCUAUUUGGGACUCCAUGAAAAGACGGGUUCAUUCACAGCUGUUAAAGUAAUGAAUGCCCGGAAGACUCCUUUGCCUGAAAUAGGAAGGCGGGUGAGAGUGAAUAAAUAUCAAAAGUCUGUUGGCUGGAGAUACAGUGAUGAAGAGGAGGAUCUCAGGACCGAACUCAAUCUGCUGAGGAAGUACUCUUUCCACAAAAACAUUGUGGCCUUCUAUGGUGCCUUUUUCAAGCUGAGUCCCCCUGGCCAUAGGCAUCAACUUUGGAUGGUGAUGGAGCUAUGUGCAGCAGGCUCAGUCACUGAUGUAGUGCGGAUGACAAGAAAUCAGAGUUUAAAAGAAGAUUGGAUUGCUUACAUCUGUCGAGAAAUUCUUCAGGGCUUAGCUCACCUUCACGCACACCGAGUAAUUCACCGGGACAUCAAAGGCCAAAAUGUGCUGCUGACUCAUAACGCCGAAGUAAAGUUAGUGGAUUUUGGCGUGAGUGCCCAAGUGAGCAGAACAAAUGGAAGAAGAAACAGCUUCAUUGGUACACCAUACUGGAUGGCCCCUGAGGUGAUUCAUUGUGAUGAGGACCCAAGACGCUCCUAUGAUUACAGAAGUGAUGUGUGGUCUGUGGGAAUCACUGCUAUUGAAAUGGCUGAAGGAGCUCCUCCUCUGUGGAACCUUCAGCCCCUGGAAGCCCUUUUCGUCAUUCUACAGGAAUCUGCUCCCACAGUCAAAUCCAGUGGAUGGUCCCGUAAGUUCCACAAUUUCAUGGAAAAGUGCAUGAUCAAAAAUUUCCUAUUUCGUCCUACAUCUGAAAAUAUGCUUCAUCACCCAUUCGUUGAGAAUAUUAAAAAUGAACGGCACAUUGUGGAGUCCUUGACAAAGCAUCUUACUGGGAUCAUUAAAAAGAGACAGAAUAAAGGCAUACCCCUGGUCUUCGAGAGAGAAGCAGAUAUUAAGGAGCAGUACACCACAGGGAGAUUCAGAGAACCUUCUUGCACUCAUGAACUUCUGAAAAUGCCAACUAGCAGCAGAUGCAGACCACUUAGAGUCCUGCAUGGAGAACCCUCUCAGCCAAGGUGGUUACCUGAUCAAGAAGAGCCACAACUCCAAGCCCUUCAGCAACUGCAUGGGGCAGCCGGAGGGUUCAUGCCUCUACAUGCUCAGGACAAUCCACCCUUACAGAAGCAGGCGCAGGCACCACAGUGCCUACAUGGGGCAGCUCAGGUGUUCAUGCCACUACAGGCUCAGGUUAAAGCUAAGAUAUCUACACCUCUAUUCAAGCAGAUUCAAGCACCUCCCCGACUAAAGAGCGCAGCCCGGGUGCUCAUGCCACUCCCUACUCAGGAUAAAGAACCUAGUCCUCUAGAGGUACAGGCUCCCAUAACCAAUGAACAGCAGGCCCAGUCUGAGCCCUUAGAAACAGGAGAGGCUAAAGAUUUGGACCAGGUGCCAGAAGAAUUUCAGGGGCAAGAUAGGGCAUCCGAACAGCAAGGGCAGGGCCAGGGUGCUGAACAACAGCAGAGGCAGAAUCAGGUUCCAGAAGAGCAUCUGGAUCAGAACAGGGCACCGGAGCAGCCAGAGGUGCGAGAACAGGCUGUCGAGCCCCCACAAGCUGAAAUUGAGGAUAAGGAACCUGAGGUACUCCAAGUACAUGCCCAGGUGUUCCUGCCUUUAUUGUCACAGAACCAUCAUGUGCUCUUGCCUCUUCACUUGGAUACACAGCUGCUAAUUCCAGUAGGGGAACAAAAUGAAGAGUCAUCUCCAGCACAGGCCUGGGCUCUGGAGGCCUCACAGGCUGUUGGCGCAGUUCAAGCACUGAUAGAGGGACUAUCAAGGGACUUGCUUCGAGCACCAAAUGCUUAUAUCUCAAAACCACUUGGUCCACUGCAAAUCUUGAUGGAGAAUUUGUCAUCAAAUGUGUUUUACACUCAACCAGAACAGACACGGAAGAAAAAGUCAAAAGUUUCUAGUCUAAAGCAAGCACUAGCAAAAAGACUGUCACCCAAGAGGUUCAGGGCAAAGUCCUUAUGGAGAAUUGAGGAGUUUGACCUUUCCGAUUUAGAAGCCAGCAGGAGACGGCGCCAGCGUAGAUGGGAGGACAUCUUUAAUCAGCAUGAAGAGGAGCUGAGACAAGUUGAAAAUGAUAAAGAAGAUGACUCAUCAGACAAUGAUGAAGUGUUUCAUUCAGUUCAGGCUGAAGUCCAAAUAGAACCAUACGCUCCAAAUCCUACAGGAAAUGAGGCGCAAGAGAGCUCUGCUUCUAGGCCUGGCAACCGGAAUCGUACACAUCGUGUGACAUUUUCCUCAAGUGUCUCUGAGCAGCCUCUUUUCGAAGAAGUUCAGCAGCCCAUGGACAUCAGACAGAGGAGUUCCCUAAAUCCUCAGAAUUUCCAAGCAGCAUCAGAGUCAUCUUCCGAGGAGGAGAGUCCUGUGACUAGGAGGAAGUCCCAGUCAUCGCCGCCUUAUUCUACUAUUGAUCAGAAGUUACUCAUUGAUAUCCAUGUUCCAGAUGGAUUUAAAGUGGGAAAAAUAUCACCCCCUGUAUACUUGACAAAUGAAUGGGUAGGCCAUAAUGCACUCUCUGAAAUCUUCUGGGAUGAUUGGUUAAUUCCUGCACCUGCCACUCAGCAACCUGAAGAAGAUGGUGAUUAUGUUGAACUCUAUGAUGCUGGUGCUAAUACUGAUGGUGAUGAGGAAGCUUCUUACGAUGCUUAUGAAGAUAACUAUGACCAUAUCAAUGGCCAUGAUGACUUGAAUAACCAGAUUGAUCAGGCAAAUGUCUGUGAAGCCCGUGGUGAUGGUGACUUCGAUGAUGAGUCUCUUCGUGGCAUAGAUGAUAAUCUUGGUGCUGCUACUAAUGGGCCAAGGACAAGCUAUCGCAGAGAAGGAAUACUCAAGCAUGGUGGUAGAGGUGGAAGUAAUGGACAGCGGGGGGCUUUCGGAGCCUAUGGAAACGAUGGAGCCCAAAGGUAUCGUGGAAACCCUGCUGCUGAAGCCAGUGCAGCCUUUAGAAGCCAUGAUGGACAUGGAGCCAAUAGAGGUGCCAGAUACAGAGGAAUUCAUGGAAACAGGGAAGAGAAUGGAGCAUAUGGAUUCUGUGCAGAAGAAACUCACUCACAGGAAGAUGCUGCAGGACUGGAUCAACAUAUAUUUCAGGAGUUUGAACGUGAGCAGGAGGAGUCAGAUGGUGGAACUGAGACCUCAGAUUCAAUUGCCUUGGAUAUCACAUCCCUCGCACUUGAUGCUGAGAAUCCCAAUGACACGGCAGGGUCAUCAGCAACACUGGGUUUUCCUGUCAUCCACUCAUCUCCCGGAGGCUCUGCUUCUGCCUCUGAUACCGACACUGCAAGCGCCAACUCAUAUAACAAACCACUAAUCCAUGUGUACGAAAAGGAGUUUACGUCUGAGAUCUGCUGUGGUUCUUUGUGGGGAGUCAAUUUGUUGCUGGGCACCCGAUCUAAUCUGUACCUGAUGGACAGAAGUGGAAAGGCAGACAUCAUUAAACUUAUAAAGCGCAGACCAUUCCGCCAGAUCCAAGUCGUGGAGUCCCUCAAUUUGCUGAUUACCAUCUCUGGUCGCAAGAACAGACUUCGUGUGUAUCAUUUGACUUGGCUGAGGAACAAGAUUCUGAAUAAUGAUCCGGAAAGUAAGAGAAGACAGAAGGAAAUGCUGAAGACAGAGGAAGCUUGUAAAUCUAUUGAUAAGUUGACUGGCUGUGAACACUUCAGUGUCCUUCAACAUGAGGAAACAACAUACAUUGCAGUUGCUGUGAAAUCAUCCAUUCACCUUUAUGCCUGGGCACCAAAAUCCUUUGAUGAAAGCACUGCUAUUAAAGUGUUUCCAACUCCUGACCUUAAGCCAGUGACAGUUGACCUGGCUGUUGGUUCUGAGAAAACACUGAAGAUUUUCUUCAGCUCAGCGAAUGGUUACCACAUCAUUGAUGCAGAAUCUGAAGUUAUGUCUGAUGUGACCUUGCCAAAUAAUAACAUCAUCAUUUUACCUGAUGGCCUGGGAAUUGGCGUGAUGCUCUCCUUCAAUGCUGAAGCUGCCUCUGAGGAAGCAAAUGAACAACUCUACAAGAAGAUCCUUGAAGUGUGGAAAGAUAUACCAUCUUCCGUAGCUUUUGAGUGUACACAGAGAAUCACCGGAUGGGACCAAAAGGCUGUUGAAGUGCGGUCCCUACAGUCCAGUAUUCUUGAGAAUGAAUUGAAGCGCAGGUCAAUCAAGAAACUGAGAUUCCUGUGCACCCGUGGUGACAAGCUGUUCUUUACGUCUACACUGAGCAAUCACCACAGCCGGGUUUACUUUAUGACCCUUGGAAAACUUGAAGAGCUCCAAAGAAGUUAUGCUGUGUGAAAGAUCCCAAUGAUUUCCUCCAGCAUUUACAUCUAUUACAUAUAUGCCAUUACAUCCUAAAACUCCAGUUUUACCAUUAGAAAAACUUUAAUCAGAGGCUUUUAAUGUAGCACAUCAUAGUUUCAACGACAAGUACAGCUUUAUAAACAAACAACUAUAGCAAGCUCUAUGUACUCCAAUGGUGUACAAUAUCUUUUGCACGAACUUUGUAACUUUUGUUACUGUGAAUUCAGACAUUACUCUUAAGACAGUUUGGACAGUAUCUGUAUUCAGAUUUAUAGCAUGGAGUAUAGAAACCUGUUAUAAAUUACUUUACAAGUGACUAUCAAAUAAAUUGGCCCUAAAUAAGCUUUUCCAAAGAAAAAAUUUAAUUAAUGUAGGUGACUUUUUUCCAAGAAAAGUUAGAUUAAGAGAAAAUACAUAAGGAAUUUUAUAGCCCAGACUAAGGUUGAACAACCUGCAUACCAAAAGAAAACUACAGUGAUCAAGGGGGGAAUGCCACCCAAUUCUUUUUCAUAAUAAAUCCACAGUUGGAGACCAAUUGUGAUUCCCCCCCUUGCUAAACUGGUUUUCUCUAUAUAAGAAGAAAAGGAGAAAACCUCAGAUGUUUGGUUCCCCCUUCCUAAAGUCCCAAAUGUGUGCAAUAACUGUUUUACAACCUACUAAACAAUAUAUUUACUAGUUUGAAUACAGAACUGAACUCCAAUACACAUGUACUGUAGAGAGGUUUUUUUUUUUUUUUUAUACUUCUAAGUAGGCGUCAAAUUCUGUCCCCAUGAUUGGCUGGGUUCUGAAUUUUAUUAUCUAGCUAUUACUAUGACCAUCAGACAGCAUUGAAUAUUUUCCCAGUCCUACAUUAAACUAUAUAAAAUGCCCUUCCAGGUAUUAAACAAAGCAAUGUGACGAAAUGAAAAGAACAUUGAUAGCUAAUACUUGCAUUUUCACAUUUCUAUCACUACAAACUGAGAAAUAAAGUAAUCAAGUGAUAAUCUCAAAUUUAGUCAUUUGCUGUAAGUAAGUACAUUACAAGAGAUUUAAAACAAUAACAUUGAUCAUAUAUCAAAGUCUGCAAAAUUGGACUAGUGAGAUUCAUGCCAGUCCAUACCCAAGUAUUUUAUAGACGCCAAAAUAGGUGAUAUUUGAUCACCUAUGGUAACUGCUACCUGAUAAGAAAACGUGAUUUAUACCUAUCCAUCCUCAAUGCCAUGGUUAGUUCUGGGGCGAGAGAAAAAGCCACAGAACCUACCACAAAGUAUACCUCAACAAGUCCUCUAGUUCUGCUUCUGAAAUCUGAAGCCUUUUAAACUACCUGGUUAACCAAAACAGAAAGCAGCUGACUGAGUGUGAUUUCCUGGCAGUGUAUCAUUUCCUGGAACCUUUGUGCCAGAAAUGAAGAUUUGCAUUUUUCUCAUGACUUCUAUCAAGAGUGCAGUAGCUCAGUGUUCAGAUUGUAGAAGAACCUAAAUCCCCAAGUGAAAUGUGAUUCACAUUUCUGUUACUGUGACACAAUAAUGUGAUCCUAAAACUGGCUUAUUCUUCAAUGUUUACAAUUCAAAUUACUUUUGUUAAGUUCAGUAGUUACUUUAAAUAAACAAACUUUAAUGUCAAAUCAAUACCUUAGAAGUAGUUUUCAUUUUUUAAAAAAAAAAAAAAUUUGUACACCAAAGGCCGUGGGGAACUUGGUGCAAGUACCUCAUCGCUGAGCAAAUGGAGCUUGCUAUGUUUGAAUUUCAGAAAUUUUUCUCAUUUAAGUAGUAUGUAGGAAAAUCUUUUAAGCAUUUUUCUUCUUCAUAUUUACUCAAUUAAGCUUAUAAUAAGUUUUAUCUUAAAAUCAUAUGUUUAAGGCAGUAAUACAUUAAAAAAAACAAUUUUAGCAACUCACCUCCUAUUGCUCUCCAAGGCAAGUAUUCCAGCAAGCACAGGAAAUAGCAAGCAGACUCUCCAAAGUUGUCCCAAACCAACCACACAGGAAAGAUUAGCAAUGCACUGCUGUGCUUUGAAGGCUAAUGUGUUAGUGAGGAAAAGAAGGUUGACACCUAGCAAGGAAAAGAAAGCUGUGAGCAUUGGGUGGCCAAGUAUGAACUAGUGAAAUAGUUGAAGUAGUUCACUAGUAAUCAAUGUCGCUAAUGAGUAUUUCCAGUCUAGGUGUACAUCUGUGUAGGAUCUAUAUAGCCUUUGGUAGGUGAGCCAGAAAAGUGGAACAGUGUCAUUUCAUAGUCUUUAUACUCGGUAAUAGAAGAAAUGACAUAUGUGCUAUACCUUGUAACGGUGCCUAGAAGGCCCAGCAUAUCACAGAAGUGUGGAGAGGCACCCCUGAAGGCCAGUGUAACUAGGAUUAUGAUUGGAAGCAUGAAUAUUUUGGCGGAUUAUUAUCAGCACUGGUGAGAGUAUGGUUUGAUUUAAUGGUGGUUUCUUUGCUUUAAAUUACUUGUAAUAAAAGAAAUUGUGCAGAAUGUUUUGAAAACAGUUUAAGAAGAGGACUGAUAGCAAAAUUUCUGAAUGGAUUAAUGGGUUCAAGCAAAGUAAGAUGCUAAUUGCAAGAAGUGAAAAUUAUCAAAGCAAUAAAACGAGCAAAUCAGCAUCACUCCUACACUUCCAUCCCUUCACCCAAAUUUUAAAAUGCCAAAGAUUAAAUUCGUUUUGAGAUAAACUGAUAACUAAUUGAUGUUUUCUGCAAAGAUUCGUUGAUUUGAAGGCUGGACAGAUAACUAGAUUAGUAAAGCCCGUGCCUUAUGGCUCCAAAUUCAAUCCCCAGAAAUCACAUAAAAAUUCCAGUCAUGAUAGUGGAUACUUCCAAUUCCUGUGCUAAAGAGAGUUAGACCAGUAGAUCUUUGGAGCUUGCUUGCCAGCUAGUCUAAACUAAUUGGAGAGCUUCUGGCCAAUGAGAGACCCUGUCUCCAAACAGGUGGAUGGCAUUCUUGAGGAUGACACUGGAUGUUAUCUUCUCCUCCCUCCCUCCCUCCCUCCCUCCCUCCCCCCUUCCUCCCUCCCUCCCUCCCCCUUCCUUCCUCCCUCCCUUCCCUUUCUCUCACCUCCCUCCCUCCCCUCCCUCUGUCUCCUCCAUAACAGAGACACAUACACAAACACAACACACAUACACAUGCAUACACAGACACACACACACAUACACAUGCAUACACAGGCACACACACACAAAACACAAUUCAUUCAUCUGAGACGGUCUUGAUAAAAUAAUGAAUAUUGCCACAUACU